AUGCUGACGAAUAGAACAGUCACAGCAAGCCUGGGAGAGGAGACGGUGAGGGCCGACGUCGCGAGGGGCUGCCCGCAGGGAGGAGUCCUGUCCCCCCUGCUGUGGACCCUCGUGGUUGACGAACUCAUACGUAUACUCACCACAGAAGGCUUUGAGGUUCAGGAUUACGCCGACGACCUCACGAUCACGGUUAGAAGCAGACACCCACUAGAUUUAGCGAGGAGGUUGCAAAAGGCAAUCACACUUGUGGAAUCCUGGUGUCGAUCACACUCGCUCUCGGUAAACCCGAGCAAAACGGAGUUGGUCCUAUUUACAAGAAGAAGACGCUUUUAUUUUAAGGCUCCUCAUCUUUUUGGGACGCAACUACAACUCACAGAUGAGGUAAAAUAUCUUGGAGUAACACUAGAUAAAAAACUCACCUGGAAGAACCAUGUGAAUAAGCAGACCCAGAAAGCAAUUAGCACCUACUGGGCCUGCCGCAGAAUGUUUGGCCCCACAUGGGAACUCAAACCAAGGAUGGUCAGGUGGAUAUACCAGGCCAUCCUUGAACCUAUUAUAACAUACGCCUCGAUUGUGUGGUGGACCUCCAUGAAGAGGGGAGUACACAAAAGGACAAUAGAAAAAGUAUACCGAAUAGCGUUGCUGGGGAUAACAGGUGCGCUCCCCACCACGCCCACUAUGGCAAUGGGUGCACUGCUCGAUAUAAAGCCACCCCAUCUAGUAGUGAUGGCAACGGCUUGGAGAGCGGCCAUCCGCCUGUAUCAAGCUGAAGAAUGGUACCAGUCGAGCGGUGGGCACACCGAAAUCUUAAGGGAUCAGGGAUCGGAAUUAAUUCUGACCCACGGGGGAGGCGGCUGCAAGACGGAGUACCUCUUCAGACGGGAAUACGACCUAAUCAUCCCAGAAAAGGAGAAAUGGCUGGAAGACCCUAACGGCAUCCUGACUCCGGGGGGACUAGUCUGGUUCACAGACGGUUCCAAGACCGGAGCUGGCACCGGAGCCGGGGUAGCGGGGGAAAGCCCAAGGGUCGAAAUGACCCACAAGCUGGGCCACCACGUUACGGUCUUCCAAGCAGAAGUGUUUGCCAUCUGGGCCUGCGCCAAAUACAACUUGGAUAGGGCCCACUCAGGAAAACACAUCUAUAUUUGCAGUGACAGCCUGGCCGCGCUAAGAGCCCUCCACAAAGUGGAAGUUAGGUCGAAGCUAGCCAGGGACUGUGCACUGACACUGAGACAGCUAUCUCUGAACAACAGAGUUAAGCUGAUAUGGGUACCAGGUCAUGCUGGAAUCCCAGGAAAUGAGAGGGCUAACGAACUGGCACGACAGGGGCCGAUAAGCUCCCAGCCAUGCCAUGAGUACCCCAUUGGAGUCUCAACCCACGCGUUGAAAGGCCUGGCUAAGGACCGGUUGAACCAGGAAUUUACCAGGCUCUGGCAUAACGCUAACGGCAUGAGACACACGAGGGCCCUAUUUGAGGGACCGUCACAAAAGCUGGGGGACACCUUAACCCACCUGGACAGGGCGCAACAGCGCAUGCUCGUGGGACUAGUGACAGGACACUGGUACACGAGGAAACACCUCGCGCGCAUGGGACUCAUAGAGGAGUCGAAAUGCGAGGAAGAGGACGAAACACCUCUCCACGUACUUCUAAGAUGCAGGGAGCUGAGGGCCCUGAGAGGAUCAAUCCUGGGGACCUCGGAACCCGCAUCUUUAAGCACUUCGGCUGGCCUGGUGCCGGUGCUUCUAAAUUUCGCAACAGAAGCCCAGCUGCCAAGGCACAGUCAGUAA